ACUUUAGAUCUUGAUUCAGAUGUUGAAAUAAAGGACAUUAAUGAUAAAUGCCAUGGAUUCAUGGCUGCGGAUGUCGUUUCGUUAUGUAGAAUGGCUGCCGAGCAUGGUGAUUCUAGAAGCAUUCAGCAAACUGGAAAACCAUGUGAACUAAAAAUUUCUAAUGAUGAUUUUCUAUACGGGUUGCAAAAAAUUCGAAUUAGUGGUCUGCAAGAAAAGAAUAGUGUUCAGAGAAUUGAAUCAGUGAGAUGGUCUGAUAUUGGCGGGUUGGAAGAAGCAAAGGAGUCAGUAAUUUGGAUAUAUAAACACGUUGAUGCUUUUCACCAUCUUGGAAUAAAACCUUCUAAAGGUGUUUUACUUUAUGGUCCGCCAGGUACGGGUAAAACUCUACUCGCCAAAGCAGUGGCCACAGAAUCUUCCGCCCAUUUUAUACCAGUUUCAAUACCAGAUUUGAUCAAAAGCGAGGUUGGAGAAUCCGAGAAGGCAAUAUCUAAUAUAUUUAAAAUAGCGCGUCGAUGUAGUCCUUGUAUAAUAUUUUUGGAUGAAUUGGAAGCGAUGUUUGGAAGUAAAGACUCUAGUGGCAGUUUUGGUAUAAAGAUUAUAUCACAACUUUCGUUGGAAUUAGAUGAAUUGGAUUCAGUAAGUCAAGGAGUUGUUGUACUUGCUGCAACAAAUAAUCCAAGAAUUAUUGAUCCCUCUUUAUUAAGACCCGGUCGCAUUGAUAAGUUAGUUUAUAUUAAACCGCCAUCAUUUCAUGAAAGAAUUUCAAUUUUACAAAUGCAAAAUACCAAAACGAAAUUUUCUAAAAAUGUAAACUUUAAUGAAAUUGCUGAAAAAACUGAAAAUUUUACUGGAGCUGAUUUAAAAGCUUUAGUACAAAGGGCUGCUCUUUUGAGAUUUAAGAAAUGUAGGGCUAGUAAACAUCAAUUAAAUUUAGAUGUUGAGAACAAUAUCGAUCAAGCAGAUCUUUUAGAAGCACUUUCAAAAUUUAAUUCUUCCGUUAAUUCAUCACAGCUUGAUAU